AUGGGUAUUGACGCGAAAGAAACCGGCGCAAUAUUAUGGAAAAUUCUUGCAUGUUCGAUGAGCACAAGCUUCAGAUUCAUGAGAAACCACCCGGUUUUGUCAGGGGUUUUCAUGUUUUUGCUCACGCUCUACAUUUUCCUCCCUUCUCUGUUGUUCUUCUUGAUCUACUCUUCUCCGGUUCUUGCUUGCGCUGCAAUGUACGCCAGAGAAAAGCUGGGGUUGAGAUUUUCCUCUUCGGAGUCAAAGACUCGCGUAGGAGAAAAAACUGGUGUUAGAUGUCACUUGAAACAGCAGAGAAGUGUACGACGAAAUGCUCGAAUGAAAGUCGAAGAAUGGGAUUCGCAGACAAGCGAGGACGAGAAGGACAAAGUUAUCUUGACUUCUCUUUACAACGACCUCUUAGGUCGUACUCCUCAUUUCGAAGAGUCUCCAAAAGCAAUAGAAGAGAAUGUAGCAGAAGAAGACAAUGCAAAGGAGGCUUCGAACGAAGAAGAGUCACGCGAUUUGGGUGAUGUUAACGUUGAGAAGCCAAUGUUUUGCAACUGUGAGAUUAAAGAAGAGAAACACAGAGAAAUGAAUAGUAAAGAAGAGAGAAGCGAGGAGAUGGAUAAUGUGAACGAGCAUGGGAUUUCAGAGACUGAGAGAAACAAGAGACUAGAGAGUCUAAUCGCUAGGAGAAGAGCAAGAAGACUCUUUAGACUUGCUCUAGACCAAAGGAAUAAGCUUCAAGCUGAAGAAACAACAACUAGCCCCACAACGCAGAACAACAAUCUGCAAAUCACGGUUCCAAGGAACAAUGAGAAACGUCGAAACUAUCCAUCAUCAGAGCAGAUUCCAGGCUCAGCGCCUUCCGUGUUGUUGAAAGCGAGAAACCCUUUUGACAUUCCUUAUGAUCCUCAAGAGGAAAGACCUAAUCUCAAAGGAGAUAGCUUUGAUGAAGAGUUUUCAUUGUUUAACCAUAAAGAUAUGUUCUUCUGUCGUCAUGAGAGUUUCUGCCGCUUUUCUCUUUUCUCUCCAGAGCAAGUUCAGUGUAUGAACAGCCCUGUCCCUGCUUCUGACAUUUCAGCUACUAGGAAACGUUUAGAUUUGGACAAUGAAUAUAUGGAUCAUACUGAAGUAACUGAACAGAAGAUCCCUUGUACUGUCAAAGAAGCUGCAAUAGAGGACGAAGAUAAAAGCGUUAAGAAUGGGAAAGACAGAGAAAAAGAGGUAGAAAUGAAGAACGAGACAGAUUCAGAUAAAGAAGAAGAUGAUGAUGAUUCAAGUUGUUCAGAAGAAAGUGAGUCAGAACUCAGCCGUCUGAACAACGCAGAGCUUAGGGAAGCUAUAUGUCACUCCAUGGAUAACUAUCAAGGUUUUCUUGGGAAUCAAACAAGAAACGUUAUUCCAACCUCACUGCCUAGAGGUUUAGCAGCGCCAAGAAUCGAUGGUAGCAAUAUGUUUUACUCUCGUAGAUGCGGAAACUCGCACAGUCGAACGUUUUCGGUUGCCUCGGAUAUGCAAGUUGAGGUUUCAGAGAUUGGUUCGCCUCCUACGACGGUUGAUUGGCUUGAUGACUGGUCUAAUGGAGGAGAGUCUUACAUGUAUGAUACUGAUAUUGACAGAGAGAUCAUCCGCGGUGAAGAAUCGCUCAAGGCAAGAAGUGGGGUUGGAUCAAAAGAGGAGAACAAUGUGCUAGGGACUAAGCAAGAUCAGAAAUGUGUGGUAGAUGAACGCCAUAGAACGGUUAAUGAUACGCCGUUGUUAGAUAGAAGAAGCCUGACCGAAGAGGUUCUUGAGCAUAAAUCUUAUAGUUCUAGUGAUUUGUCCAAGCUUACAAGCUCUGGGAAAGCUGAAGGUUCUUUGUUCCAUACAAGUGCGUCAUUGUCGUCUAUAACAGAAGAACCUGAAACAGUCUUUGACUCGAUCCAUGGAUACAAAUACAACUCGGAGAAUAUGAACUAUUUGGCUGGAGAAUUAACUGACCACGGACCUUUGACUUCUUUGGAUUCAUCCGCAAGGAAGUUGAUUGAUGGGGAAGUUGUUGAUGUGCAACAAUUAGGAAAUGAUGAUCUUUGUGGAUCCCCUAAGAUUAUUGACUCAAAUAUCAUUGAUCUUCAACAGAAAGACCAAAUCUUGAAUAGCAUUCAAGGAGAACAUGAUACAGAGAACACAAAAACAAGGGAAUCUGAGGCAAUUCAGAGUCUUUUGGAUGAUUCUUUGGACACUCCCUAUAUAGAAUCAUUUGAAACAGAGAGAGAAGAAAAACAAGAUGAACCAAGCUUAGAAAAUUUUACUGAGGAGGUAACAACACAAGCAGAAUCUCCUAAGAUUAUUGAUCAGCAGAAAGACCAAAUCUUGAGUAGCAUUCAAGGAGAACAUGAUAUAGAGAACACAAACGCAAGGGAAUAUGAGGCAAGUCAGAGCCUUUUGGACGAUUCUUUGGCCACUCCCUAUACAGAAUCAUUUGAAAGAGAGAUAGCAGCAGAAGAGGAACCAAACUUAGACAAUGUUACUGAAGAGAUAGAAACACAAGCAGGUCUUUGUGGAUCAUCUAAGGUUAUUGACUCAAAUAUCGUUGAUCAUCAGCAGGAAGACCAAAUCUUGAGUAGUAUUCAAGGAGAAGCUGAUACAGAGAACAUAAAAGAAAGGGAUUAUGAGGCAACUCUGAGCCUUUUGGAUGCUUCUGUGGACACUCCCUUUAUAGAAUCAUUUGAAAGAAAGAUUGAAGAAGAAGAAGGAGAACAACCAAACGUGAUCAAUAUUACUGAUGAGAUCACAACACAAGCAGAAAAUGAGAUACUUCAAAGUGACUUGAAGAGUGAUCCAGGCCAUGUUCUUACAGAAUUACUAGACAGUGAGGUCAUGGAAGAGAAUGGUAGAGAAGUAGUCAAAAAUACUGAUGAGAAAGUGGAGCCAGUCGAGCAAGAGAAAACUGAUGACGUCUUGAAAGCAUCUUCGAGCCAUCCUCAUACACAGUUACUUGAAGAUCACGGAAAUGCAGAAAAUGAUAGUGAUGUGAUACUUCUGCAAGUCCAAGACGGUAACAACUCAGCAUUGGAUGAGUCAGCUGAUCAGGAGAUCUCUACAGAAGGAGAAAAUUCAGGGUUGUUGGAGAAUAUUGAUGAUGGAUUGACUCAAGAACACAACACUACAGCGAAUGUUGAGGAAGAAUCAAUAGUUUUAGAAGAAAAUCAAAACUCGCACGGUUCAGAAUCAUGGACUCAACAGCUCGAUAAAAAUUCUUCCGAAGGAAUAUCGCCAAGAACACUGGAGAUCAUUCAAAAGCCAGCGCAUGAUGAUGGUAUUGCCCCAAACACCGUCUCUCAAGAUAUUGCCAAAGAUGAAUGUGCUGCAGUAGCCAAUGACUCAGCUAUUGCUGAGAAUAAUGAUGAACAGAAUCUUAAACAUGAUGAUCAAGUUAUGGACAAAGAAUUAGAGCUUAAUUUAGAAACAAUGCACCAUAAUACUGAUUUAAUCGCUAGAAAAGACGAUGCAGAAUCCAAGGAAGUGACAGGGGCAGCAAUGAACAAUGCAGAGACCGAAACAACAAAAGACGGACACAGAGCUUUAGGUUAG